ACAGCGGAUCACAGAUCACGGAAAGAUGUGGGCUCGGUCAUUUGAUCAGCUGUGUCCAAUCACAGGGACAUGUACACUGAUCAUCAGGGCAUUGAUGAUCAGUGUGCCCUGAUGAUCAGUGUAGCCCCAGCAGUGCCACCUGUCAGUGUCCAUCAGUGCCUCAUGCCAGUGCCACAUCAGUGCCACAUGUCAGUGCCUACCAGUGCACAUCAAUGCCACAUAUCAGUGCCCAUCUGAGCUGCCUUUCAGUGUCACCCAUCAGUGCCACCUAUCAAUGCCAAUCAGUGCCACCUAUCAGUGCCAGUCAGUGCUGCCUAUCAGUGUGCAUCAGUGCCGCCUAACAGUGCUAGUCAGUGCCGUCUAACAGUGCCAGUCAGUGCCGCCUAUUAGUUUCAAUCAGUGCCAUAUAUCAGUGC